GGCGGAGCGGAGCCCGGAGCGGCUGGGCCCCCGCGGAACCCCGCCGGCUCAGUGAGGCGCCCAAGGCGGCCCCCGGACCCGGGGGAGCGGCGCGCCCCUGAGUGCACCGCGGGGCUCAGAAGGUAGAGACGCACCAGGGGCGAGAGAGACGCGGGAAGGUCCCGGUGGCCCCCGGGAAGGGCGCGGCCCCCCGGCGGCGCGGGUGCGGGGAGGACGGCGGGAGCUGAGUCUUGGGGCUCCCAGGACCCCGACGGGCUGGGGCGGGUGCUGCGCGGCGUCCUCCUCCCGCGCCCGGGCCCCGCCCCUCCGCGAGGGCUGGCCUGACUCCCGCCGCCUGGGACCCGGGUCCGGCGUCCCCCGCAGGGUGCCAUGGCCUCGCGGCUCCUGCUCCGGCUGCGGCACGCCCUGGCCAGCGAGGGCCCCGCGGAGGCGGCGACCGGCCCCGAGGCCGAGCAGUUCCCGGAGAGCUCGGAGCUGGAGGACGACGACGCCGAGGGCCUGUCCUCCCGCCUCAGCGGCACCCUGAGCUUCACCAGCGCGGAGGACGACGAGGACGAGGACGAGGAGGACGAUGAGGUGGCCGGCCCCAACCCGCUGCCCCUCGGGGACCGGGCGUCGGGAGAGGACGCAGAACAGAACCCCUCACCUGACGGGCAGCGGAGCAGUCAGCUCCUGGCGCGGCAGUUGCAGGAUUUCUGGAAGAAGUCCCGGAAUACCCUGGUGCCCCAGCGGCUGCUCUUCGAGGUGACCAGUGCCAACGUGGUCAAGGACCCUCCUUCCAAGUACGUGCUCUACACCCUCGCCGUGAUGGGGCCGGGGCCACCGGAUCACCAGCCAGCCCACAUCUCUCGCCGUUACUCGGACUUUGAGCGGUUGCACCGAAACCUGCAGCGGCAGUACCGGGGCCCCAUGGCUGCCAUCUCCUUCCCCCGUAAGCGCCUGCGCCGGAAUUUCACUGCAGAGACCAUUGCCCGCCGCAGCCGGGCCUUCGAGCAGUUUUUGAGCCACCUGCAGGCGAUCCCCGAGCUGCGCCAUGCCCCGGACCUACAGGACUUCUUCGUACUGCCGGAGCUGCGGCGGGCACAGAGCCUCACCUGCACUGGCCUCUACCGUGAGGCCCUGGCGCUCUGGGCCAAUGCCUGGCAGCUUCAGGCCCAGCUGGGCACCCUCUCCAGCCCAGAUCGCCCUCUGCUGACCCUGGCUGGGCUGGCUGUGUGCCACCAGGAGCUGGAGGACCCUGGGGAGGCCCGGGCUUGCUGCGAGAGGGCCCUUCAGCUGCUGGGGGACAAGAGCCCCCAUCCUUUGUUGGCACCCUUUCUGGAGGCCCAUAUCCGGCUCUCCUGGCGCCUGGGCUUGGACAAACGCCAGUCAGAGGCACGGCUCCAGGUCCUGCAGGAGGCAGGCCUGACCCCCACGCCACCCCCCAGUCUCAAAGAAUUGCUCAUCAAGGAGGUACUGGAUUAGUCUUGCCUAGACUUAAGGUCACUCUGGGGAGAGGCACUGCCCCAGGAUGGCAGCGGUGGGGGACCGAUGAGGCAUGAGGACCUGAACAGCAGCUGGGAGGCUAUAGGGGGUGCUGGGAACCCCUAGGAGUAACACAAAGAAUUUGUAGAGAUCGAGGAAACGUGGCUCUUCUGCUGGGCUGAGCUCAGGGAAAGCUUUGGCUGGGGAUGCCUGGGAUCUGGGAUGGUGCAGGGAGGAAGUCUGAUGCGCUCUCUUCAGCAUAUGCACAGCUGGGGGGUGUACCCCAGGCCAGGGUCAGUGUUCCCUAUUCCUUGGGCCUCCAAGCCAGUGAAGGAGCCCGAGUAAAGGCCAGGGACUCUUGGAGUUGAUGGCUGGAGGGAGGGCUGCAGUUCUGGCCCAGGGAAUUAAAGGCCAGCAGGUCCAGUGGUAGCAGUCUUUAUUGGAUAUGGGGGACAAAGCCCAGCCCUCAACUGUAAUUCCUGCCUCGCCUCAGGAGUGGGGGGAGAAGGGAGAUCCUUGAAGCCCCAGGCCACGCUGGUACCUCUGGCUACAGCUUGCUCUCUGUGACCUGGGGCUUCACUCGGAUCACGCCCUCCUGGGCACAGGAUAUAGCCAGCACCCCGUCCCGACGCCACAGCUGCCCACGGACCAGCCCCCGGGAGCCACCUGCGGGUGAGAAGGGUAAAAACAGCCUUCUCUCUCCUUUAGCACAGCCAAGCAGGCUUCUUAAGAAAGGUACAGUCCAGGUUGGGCUGCCCCAUACAAGGGCACACUGCGUGUUGUGCCCCUUUAUGAGCCUGUGUGCAGUCAUCAGGGGGUACCCAAGGGAACCCCACAAAACAGUUUAAAAGCACUUUACACGUUCUCGGGCUUCCUCAACAAUCACAGGGGAGUUCUGAGAACAGUCUCCGUCAGUAGCGUGGCUAAGCAGAUCUACCGGACCUCUGGCCACUUGUGUUAGGAAACCCAUCAGAUCCCUUUAUAAUAAAUCAAACCAGUCGCACCAGGCUGGUAUUAUAUGAAAAACACCCCCAACCCCAAGGGGACAAAGGCGCUCAGGGGAGAGGACCUGGGGCCAUGGAGUCUGGCCAGCCCUGCCUCCCCACCUGCAGAUUUCCUCUCCCUUGUCAGCCUCGGGCCUGAGCUGGUGUUUAUGAAGGGAGCUGCCGGGUCCCUUCCAUGUAGUACAGCUCACUUAGUCCUCACAACAGCCAAGCAAAGCAGGGUUCGUCCCCUUUUCUGGAUGAUGAGCUUAAAAUUCAGAGAGGCUCGGGAACUUGGCCUUAAGAAUCGGGCCAAGUAUCCUAACUUCAAGGCUGUUGAACCUGUACUGUGAUGCUAUUGGUACUUUUUGUUUGUUGGUUUGUUUGUUUUGUUUAUUUUUUUAUGCUAUUGGUACUUAAGAGCCCCCCUUCCCUGAGUAUAAAGAGCCUCUUAAGUUUU